AUGCGUCUUUCUACAAACCAACUCAUCAAUGCUACCGCUAUUUUUCUUUUUCUUCUCGCUGAGGUGGUGCGCUCUGAUUUGGUUUCGUCCAGUUCAUCAGAUAUCCGAUUCCGUCGAUACUAUAGGAAUUCCAGAAGAGUUUCAAGAUCAGCGACAGCAAAGAAAGAAAGGAUAUGGCCGGAAGGAAUUAUUCCAUUUGUGAUAGCCACCAAUUUCUCAGGAGAACACCAACAUCUGUUUCUCCGCGCAAUGAGGCACUGGGAGAACUACACGUGUGUUUCGUUUGUUCCUCGACAAGCUCACCACAAACAUUAUAUCACUUUCACUGUUGAUAAAUGCGGAUGUUGUUCUUAUGUUGGCCGGCGUGGGGAAGGUCCUCAGGCAAUAUCAAUAGGAAAAAAUUGUGACAAAUUCGGAAUUGUUGUUCAUGAACUUGGACAUGUGGUUGGUUUCUGGCAUGAACAUACCAGACCGGAUAGGGAUAUGUAUGUGGAUAUAUUUUACAAAAGUAUUCAAACAGGUCAAGACUACAAUUUCGAUAAAUCCAAACCGGAGGAAGUGGAUUCACUAGGAGAGCCAUAUGAUUUCUCUUCGAUAAUGCAUUACGCCAGGGACACUUUUUCAAGAGGCGCCUUUUUUGACACUAUUCUACCAAAACCAAACUCAGGAUUCCGUUUGGAAAUUGGGCAGCGAGUCCAAUUGAGCGAUGGGGAUAUUCGGCAGACGAAGAAGCUUUAUAAAUGUGCAGAAUGCGGCGGCACUUUAAUGCAAGAGUCCGGAAAUUUGGCAAUUCAACAUGCGGGCACGUGUAUAUGGCAUAUUAUUUCGCCUCAAGGACACACGAUUUUCUUAAAUGUGACAGGAUCCACACUUCCAUCGCCAACGUCAACAUGCAACAAUGAGCAAGAAAAUGUCAUCACUGUACGCGAUGGAGUAUCGAUUUCUUCCCCACUACUAGGUGAAACAGAAAUUGACAGUUGCAAACAGGGAUGUUGUAUUUCAGACAAGAUAUGCGGUGGAAGCUCUCUAUUCCGGACUAUUGCUUCAUCAGGAAAUCGGAUCACAAUUCAAGUAAAGUCUACCAACCCGACCCCCUUGAUACCGUUCGCCACGUACUAUGCAAUUUGUGGAGGACCAAUAUACGCCAAUGAAGGUGUGAUUCAUAGUCCGAAGUACCCGGAAUCGUACCCACCAAACAGUGAUUGUCAAUGGACUAUACAUGUCGAUGAGAAUAAUCAGGUUGCAAUUGAAUUUGUAUAUUUUCAUUUGGAGCAACACAAAGAAUGUAUUUAUGAUAGACUAGUGAUGACCGAAGGAAUUUCGAAAAUUUCAAAAAAACAAGGAAAAGAUGGCAGUGAAACGUUUUGUGGGCUUAUUGAAAAAAAGACAAUUGUGAGCAAGACUAAUCAAAUUUCAUUACGAUUCAUAUCCGACAACUCUGUCCAAAAGAGUGGAUUUGAACUGCGAUUUUCAAAAGAGUUGAACGAGUGCGCAACGGACAAGAACAUCUGCCAUCAUUAUUGUGUGAACACUGUCGGAGGAUUCAAAUGUGCAUGUCGAGUUGGAUACAGUCUAUCGAGUAAUGGAUUCUCGUGUGAUAGCACAUGCGGAGGCUACCUGAAAGCAUCAAAUGGUUCCAUUGCCUCUCCGAACUUUCCAGAAAUGUAUCCAAACUCGAAAACUUGUAUUUGGGAAAUUGAAGCACCAGAAGGAUAUCAUAUUUUUAUAAAUUUUACCAAAUUCACAGUUGAAGGAAUGAAAACUGAAUGCGCUUACGACUAUGUUAAGAUCGGAGACAGUGAAAAACUAUGUGGGGAGUACGACACACCAUUACUCUUCACAACUCCCAGAAACCGAGUUCGUAUUGAGUUCAGCUCUGAUUCAUCCGUAGAACGUGAUGGAUUCUUUGCACAUUUCAUAGCUGACUUCGAUGAAUGCCAAAACGCAAACGCUGGCUGUGAACAUGUCUGUCAGAAUAGACUCGGGUCCUAUGUAUGCACAUGUAAUCCCGGGUACAUUCUAGCGGAAGACAAACAUAACUGUAAAGAAGGAAGCUGUUUCUUUGAAGUGAAUGCUCCAGCUGGUGACAUCCACUCUCCAAACUAUCCCAAUGACUACCCAAAAGGUCAGAAUUGCUCAUGGCAUUUCGUCACAACUCCUGGACAUCGACUCAUGUUGACGUUCUCAAACUUCCAAGUCGAAGAGCACGCUCAUUGUAAGUACGACGCUGUUUCAGUUUUCGACGGCGGCGAUGACUCCGCCCUGUUGUCUGGCGUUUUCUGCGGGCUAGCUCCGCCUCCUCUCAUUUUGUCGUCUUCCAACGAGCUCUAUCUCACUUUCUCCUCGGACGCGUCCGUCUCGAGACGAGGCUUUCAGGCUCAUUACACUUCUGUUUGUGGGGGUCGUCUUACUGCUGAAUCUACUCCAGGACAUAUCUACUCGCAUGCAACGUUCAGUGACAGCAAGUACGGCAAGAAUCAGGAUUGUUCAUGGAGUGUGAGGGCAAAAUCAUCGACACGUGGGGUACGAAUCCAGUUCUCAACUUUCAAUGUGGAAUCUGAAGAGGGAUGUCAGUAUGAUUAUGUAGAGGUAUAUGACGGCGCGGAAGCAACUCAAGAAUCUCUAGUUGGUCGAUUUUGUGGGGAUACUGCUCCAGAAAUUAUCACUAGUACAGGCCCUGAACUACUACUUAUUAUGCACACUGAUAACGCUGAAGAAGAAAAAGGAUUUGUUGCUGAAUACCGAGAAUCCAGCAGAUCGAGUACCGCUAAAAGAACAUACGUUUCACGGACACGUCAUCACAAUCCAUUAGAAGAGCCAAUACAUGACCGUCGAAGAGAAUAA